GAUCCUCAGCGUGCCUCCGUGCUCGUCAAGAAAUGUGGAUGAAUGUUAAAAUUAAAGCCAUUUAAACGCAAAAAGUCGCCGGUUCAGGCUCUGAAGAUAUGGCUUCACGGAGCUAUGGUGUCCUCUGUCAGAGGGCGGUGGUCGUGAAGAUACUGAGCCGGGGGAUGAGUGCAGCGGCACACCCACAGUCCCAGGUAGAUUUCCUAAAAGGAGAACCACACAGGAAGCAUCCAGGUGUGACCAACCUGAAGACUCUGCGCCUACCUGACGAACUGCAGACGGCUGCACGGUCGAUUAUUCACAGAGCUCAGGUGACUCGGCUGACCGACCGCUCCCGGAGCCUCACGAACUUCCUGUGGAGCAGAAAGAGAGCCGUCGAGGAUUCGACUCUGAGGCAGAAAGCUGUGAGUCUGGAGAAAGAACUUUGGGAGAAAGCGAUGGAGACGAGAGGAGAAAUGGAUGAACAAUUGCUUGGAGACCGCAUCAGGAAGAAAGUGUUUUCAGAGCUCAGAAAAACUACGUAUCACUGGACUACCAUGAAGUACGAUGAAGAGCUAGGUGUGGUCUACAUGGCGGCUCGGCUGGCUGGGGGCUACGCAGCAGUGAGGAGAGCUAUCAAUGAGAUCAAGAAGAGGGAUCCCUCUUUUGCCCCCCAGUCUCUCCUGGAUUUUGGGUCGGGGCUGGGAACAGUUGCCUGGGCGUCACACUCGUGCUGGGGCGACACUCUGAAGGAGAUGGUGUGUGUGGACAGCUCCGGGCCAAUGAACAUCCUGGCAGAGCGACUUCUUAAAGGUGAUGACGAAAGAGCUGAACCUCACAUCAAACAAGUCUAUUUCAGACAGUUCCUCCCUGUCUCUCCUAAGGUGCAGUUUGACUUGGUGGCCGCAGCCUUCACCCUGUCGGAGCUUCUCAAUGUGAAGGACCGAGAAGAGGCGGUGUUGACUCUGUGGAGGAAGACAAGCUCGUACCUGGUUCUGGUGGAAAAUGGGACUAAAGAAGGCCAUCGGAUGCUUAUGGAGGCCAGAGACACUGUAUUAAAGAAACAAGAGAAGACUGUCCAUGACACCAGACCAGCGUCAGUGUUCGCUCCGUGUCCUCAUGAACGGGCAUGUCCUAAGAUGACCCUUGAACCCAUCACACCCUGCAACUUCCAGCAGAUGUACCACCCUCUGUCUCUCCCGGGGCACCACGACCGGCAGGCAGAGAAGUUCAGCUACCUGAUUCUGACUCGGACAGAACCAUCGGAGGCAGAAGCAGAAGGCGUGGACUGGGCCAGGCUGACCGCACCUGUGCAGCGCAGAACAAGACACAUCCACUGUCGAAUGUGCUGCCCCGAUGGACAACUACAACACCUGGUGGUGACGGCACGGAAACACAGCCGAGAUGUGUACCGCUGUGCCCGGAGCAGCGACUGGGGAGAUCAACUGCCAAUCAUUCAGGGAGUCGAUGUCGACACCUAGAGUGAUUCAGAGUGAUGAUUCAGCGACUAAGAGACAUUUUUCUGUAGACUUAUGAAUGAUGAAAAAAGGCUGCCUGCCGAGGACUCAUCGUUGUUUUUGUUGAACAGAACAUCUGCGUUUCCUCACUGGAAUUGUUAAAUUACCGACUAAUGUUACAAAUUCUGAUUACUCCAAUAAAAAGUCACAACAUAAGUUCUUCACCCAGCUUUAUUGUGCACCACCUUCAACAGAUCAAAGUCCAUUUCUUGUAACAAGUAUGACAGAAAUGUGAUAUUUAAAAAGUCACAACAUGGAGAAUAAGACAUUUCCUCCUGUGUUUCCAUACUUCAGGUUAAAGUUCAUAAAUAUCCCUUUAAUGAAAGAACUCCAAAGUCCAAAAGCACCACUGAUCAUUACGGUCACUGUCUAUUGCGUAAACCUUAAAUGAAUGUGAUUAUGUAGGAACUGAUGUGUAGACUAAACGAUUAAUCAAUAAAGAUAUUAAUCGUUAGUUUGCCCAGUUUAUCCAGACUGCAGUUCUCACACACACACACAUCAGAGUGGUGGUGUUUUGUCUACAUGUAGUCCUUCAGCACCUGAACAAUCUGAUCCCAGUGUGCCCUGAAUGUACGCAGGGAUUCAUCACACCUGUAUUUGUCUUUUGAGUCGAUGCCGAGCAUGAAGAAACUCUCCUGAUUCAUACUCUGGUCUUAUGUGAUAUGAAAAACACUUUCCAGGCAGUCCUCAGACCCAUUUGUGAUCUGAAGUUCUUGUUCAACGAUUGAUUUGAGCUUUCGUAUUUGUUCAAAAUCUUCUAAUCCAGCAAAUAUGAACACACAAUUACAGAAAAUCUUACGUCAGCACACAUUCUGUCAACAUCUGUUAGGU